AUGGGUAGUAUCUCUACUAAUGCUGGGGGAUAUCCAGAUCCUUCAUCUGGAGGAGCAUAUCCAUCCUUAGAGCCAAUGGCAGGAUAUCCAUCCCUUGGAGGAGGUGGUGAUGCACCCACAGUUCCGACUGCAGGAGCUAGUGCUCCUCUUGGAGGAACUGGUUAUCCUUCUCCGAGUGGUUAUCCUUCACUCGACCCUAUGCCUGGACCUCCUAGUGCUGGUUUAGGAGGAUAUCAGAACAGAAAUACAUACACAGAUGUGAAUGGAGGAUCUGCAACAAGAUUUCACGAAGAAGAAAAACUGCCUACCAAAAAGAAAGUAGUGACUGAUGCUAGCAAAAUAUCUUAUCCAAAAUUUGAUGAUAAUGGGAAUAUAGAUUGUUGAGAAGAAAACGAACCUUGUGCUUCUACCCAAAUGGUCUAUGGAUCUAGUUCAUUCGCUAAACCUGACCGGGAACUUACUAUCGAAGAAUCAUGUCUGUUCUGUAAUCUUAUCACUCUUUUUGUGAACUAUGAAUAUGACGAAUCAAACGUAUUGACACCUUCUCAUGUAAGACAGGCACUAGAUUCAAUUACUGGAAACAAUGAGAUCCAAGGUUUUAGCGAGGGAAGUAUGGCUUGAGCACAAGAAACCUUUGAAGAAAUCCUUCGUUACCUACAUCGGGAAUACAUAAAGCCAAACUAUUACGAAAAAUAUUGAGAAAAACCAAAGAAAUUAAAGAAGAAAGAGGAGGAAUAUGAAGAUACUGGAUGUAGCGGCAGAUGAGUCUCCCAUAAUGCAUUUGGGAUAGACAUCGCUGAGAAUUUACAAUGUGAAUCAUGCGAACAUAUUGAAGAAGUUCAAAAUACCCAUCUUGAUUAUCUCAUCAACCUUUAUACAGAAGAAUUACUCAACCUUGAAGAUUCGUCAAAUGCAGUGCUUGAUACUAUUAUUGAGAAGAUGUAUCUUAGUGAGAGUGAAGAAAGAAAUACGGCUCCAAAAAUAUGCCCUUCUUGUUCAAAUUCAGCUUUGAAGCCAAAGCAGAUGACCCUUCUCUCUUCACCAUCUGUCUUCACCUUUGCAAUUCAUUGGAUUGAUCCUGAUGAAGCAGAUAGAGCUAAAAUUGAUCGAAUUUUUCACAUAAUUUCUCCUUUAAUUCACACAGCACAGUUUAUGAGAACAGAGGAAAAUGAUAAUUUCAAGACAACCUAUGUGCUAAGAGGAUUUGUAUCAUACUACGGAAAACAUUAUAUGGCUUACUUCUAUUCUGAGAAACAUGACUACUGGCUCCAUUUCAAUGACUCUAAAAUAAAGAAGAUCGGCAAUUUUGAAGAUGUCAUUGAAACUUGAAAGAAAGGAAAGGAGCUGCCUAUUCUUCUAUUCUAUGAAUCCCUAGAGUUCUUAGAAUCUGUCCUCCCAGAGACUAAGAGAGAGAAGCAGUAUUACAACCCAAAACAGUUCCUUCACAACAAGAAUAGGUUCUGGUACAAAGAUAAAAAUAUGAAAAAAGAACUGAAGAAAAGAUUAAACAAGACCAAAAAGGAUUGUACGAUUUUCUAA